AGCAAGGUGCUCUCAAUAUCAUACUUUUGUUUUGAUUUGACAUUUCACCUCACAUCUAUACUUUACGGAUUUGUUUUUACAACUUUUUUAUUGUCUUUUUACCCCCCCUCCCCGUCCCUCUCUGUUGAUAUAUCUAUUUAUUGAAUGAAACUGUCACGUGUAACUUAAAAGGUCAAUCUUUUUAAAACACCUCUUACUAGUUCGCUGUCAGCACAGAAGUUAUUAUAAGUUAAAUUCUUGAGUGUGCUGGACUAUAUCACCUGACAUGUCAGAAGAAGAGAAUUUCAUAUAUGGAACAUUCCCUGAGCACUUCAAGUGGUGUGCAGCUACCUCAGCUUUCCAGAUUGAAGGAGGUGCCACUGAAGAUGGUCGAGGCCGUAGCAUCUGGGAUACAUUCUGCCACAUUUCAGGAAACAUUAUUGACAAUUCAACAGCAGACAUCUCAUGUGACAGCUACCACAGAUAUAUGGAGGAUGUUUCACUUCUGAAGAACCUUGGUGUGAAGUUUUAUCGAUUCUCAAUAAGUUGGCCUCGUAUCAUAGCUGAACCAACAAAGGGUGUCAAGGUGAAUGAAGCUGGUAUCCGCUACUACAACAACCUAAUAAACAGCCUGAUAGCUGUUGGAAUUAGCCCUAUAGUGACACUUUAUCAUUUUGACCUUCCUCAAGACAUACAAGAUGAGGGCGGUUUCUUAAAUGAAGACUUGCUUAUCAAAUGCUUCAAGGAAUAUGCUGAUGUUUGCUUCCAAAACUUUGGGGACCGAGUAAAAUAUUGGGCUACUUUCAAUGAACCAAGGCAGAUAUGUACUCUUGGAUAUGGUUUGGGGAUAAUGGCACCUGCUAUACACAGUCCCAAAACUGGGGUCUAUCAAGCAGCCCAUUCCAUACUGAAAGCCCAUGCCACAGUUUGGCAUUUGUAUAAUGACAAUUAUAGAAUCAACCAGAAUGGGAAGGUUUUCAUAGUUCUCUGUUCAGAAUACGCUAUGGCUAAAGACCCAGGGAAUGAUUCCAAUGUUGAAGCUGCAGAACUGGCAAUGCAAUUUAAACUAGGAUGGUUUGCACAUCCCAUCUACAUCAAUGGUGAUUAUCCUUCUGUCAUGAAAAACAAGGUUCUUCUUCUCAGCCAGCAAGAAGGAUUAAAGAAUUCUCGACUCCCAGAGUUUUCUGAACAAGAUAAAAAAUUUAUCAAAGGUACGUCAGAUAUAUUUGGUAUGAACUUCUAUACAUCUAGACUGGCAGAAUAUCAACAGAGAGAUAAUCCUCCUUCACAACCAUGUCUAGAUUUGGAUGAAAUUGUUGAAUUUUCAGUCGAUCCUAAAUGGAAUGAUGCUGGUUCAAUGUGGUUAUAUCUCGUCCCUUCAAGCAUGCGGAAAAUUCUAAAUUGGAUUAAAAGGGAAUACAAUUCUCCUGAGGUGUUUUUGACAGAAACAGGUUUCAUGGAUAAAACAGGCAGCUUAGAUGAUGAACACCGUGUGAACUCCUUCAAACUUUACCUCAACGAAGUGCUGAAAGCUGUGACACUGGAUGAAUGCAAUGUAGUUGGAUUUACUGCUUGGUCACUUUUGGACAAUUUUGAAUGGGUUUUUGGAUAUUCAGAGAAAUUUGGCUUGGUCAACGUUGACUUCAGUGAUGAGAAAAGAACACGCAAACCAAAGAAAUCUUAUUAUUACUAUGCUGAAAUGAUAAAAAACAAUGGAUUUUUACAACCCCCAAAUUAGUCUGCACUCUACCUUAUAGAAUUUCAAAGUUGGUGCAAUGAACAUGGGAUUUUUGGUGGGGGAACAGAGGGUCAUAUUUCAAAUAAGCAGAAAUGAAAAAUUAAGAAUUAAACUAGCAAAAAUUAAAAUUACCAUUUAAAAAAAAAAUUUUUUUUUAAAUUUAUUUAUUUUUUUUUUUAAGGACAAGGAUUUGGCAGAAAUAGUAGAAUACUGGUUUCAAAUCCUGCCUGGUACAACUUUGUCAUUCAUCUUUUUGGAAGGAGGUUGAUAGAAUAAAUACCAACUGUUCUUGUUGUUCAAGUUAAAUAUGAUCAAGCAAACUUAUGUGAUCAUAUCACUUUUCUCGGUUCCUAGUGUUAAUAAUUAAAGCAUUAUUUAAACAAAGUCAAUAAUGAUAGAUCAAACCUUAUUUUUUUUUUUUUCUUUUAACACUUCAAUUUUCCAACUCUCAAGCUCACUCCAAUAAAACAUUGCAAUUAAUUUCCCGAAUUAAGAGACAAACAUUUGAAAUAUCUUCUGAAUUUUUUUUUUUUUUUUUAUUGUUGACAGAAAAAAGAAAGAAAUGAAACAAAACAAAAUUUUCAACUGUUCAAACAAUGAACGGACUUGGAGAAAGGUCAAGUGAUUCUACACAGUAGUUCUUGUUGUCAGACGACAAAUCGCUGUUAAAUGACCGAUGUAAGACCAGAAUGAACUGAGUGUUGUUAACCUUCAAUUAAGUAGAGCUGAUGUUUUAUGACAAGUUGGAUAUCAAACAUUGAUGUCAAAAUGAUGUAUGAAUGUGUUUGUAUUUAAGUAUUUCACAAAACGGGUGAAUGUAUGUGUUAGUGUGUGAAUAUACUGCAUAUAUAUAUAUAUAUAUAUAUAUACAAACACACAUAUAUAUACACAUAUAUA